AUGCAACUGGAUGAAACUACUGACAUCUCUCAGUGCAGCCAGCUCCUGGUUUUUGUCCGUCAUAUGCAUGCUGAUGCCAUCAAAGAAGAAUUCCUAUUUUGUGAGCCCCUUUUGGAAACUACAAAGGCCAUCGACAUCUUAGAAAUGGUGAAUAGUUUCUUUGCCAAGCAAAACUUCGACUGGAAGAAAAAUCUUUGUACUCUGUGCAUAGACGGAGCACCUGCGAUGCUUGGCAACACAUCUGGUUUUGCUGCUUUGGUGAAGAAAGAAGCUCCUCAGGUCAUCGUGACCCAUUGUUUUCUACAUCGGCAUGCAUUGGCGUCAAAGACUCUGCCAGCAAAUCUGAAAGAAGUCUUGUCUACUGGCGUGAAAGUCGUCAACUUCAUCAGAGCUAGAGCUGUGAACCAAUACGUUUUCAAGAGGUUUUGUCAAGAAAUGGGAGCAGAAUAUGAAGUUCUUCUCUACCACACAGAAGUUCGCUGGCUUUCCAGAGGACAAAUCUUGAAGCGCUUGAUUGAACUUCGAGCAGAAGUUUCACUUUUUUUUGAGAGAAAAAGAAAGCCCACUCUCAGAACAGUUUGA